AUGGAUAUUUUCAGGGUUCUGACACGUGGCGCAUCGGUGAAGAAGGACGGGAAGCAGGUGGACUUCUCCAGAGUGCAGAGCCAGCGAACAGCGCGGCCUGGACAGCGCGGGAAGGACGAGGACGAAGAGCAACUCUCGCGCGAGCUGGAUUUCUUUCGCACGAGGCGGUCUGUGCCUGCUGCCGCAGAGAGGCCAGCGGAAGAGACCGGGGAUGCUCAUAGGGACGAGACCGAGCAGGACGAGGGCGCAGAGGACGUGGCACCACCGCCCCGGAUCACGACAGCAGAAGAAGCGUCGCAGCUACGGCGCUCGUACCGGGGCAAGGUCACAGGCGCGGAUGCGCCUCUCCCCAUUGGGUCGUUUGAGGACCUGGUGACACGCUUCAAGCUGGACAAGAGGCUGCUAUCGAACCUGAUUGAGAACAACUUUACGGAGCCGACGCCCAUCCAGUGCGAGGCCAUCCCCAUCAGUCUGCAGAACCGGGACAUAGUGGCGUGUGCGCCGACCGGUAGUGGUAAGACUCUGGCCUUUUUGAUACCUCUUUUACAGCAGGUGAUAUCCGACAAGGCCGUUGGCACCGGCGUGAAGGGCUUGAUUAUCUCGCCCACAAAAGAACUUGCCAACCAGAUCUUUGACGAGUGCUCGAAGCUUGCUCAGCGGAUCUUCCUCGAGAAAAAGCGCCCGUUGUCAGUGGCAUUGCUCUCCAAGUCUCUCGCGGCGAAGCUGAAAAACCAGAUCGUGAGCGACAAGAAAUAUGAUAUCAUCAUAUCGACUCCUCUGCGACUCAUAGAUAUAGUGAAGAGCGAAUCGCUUGACCUAAGCGCUGUCAAGUACCUGAUCUUUGAUGAAGCCGACAAGCUAUUUGACAAAACCUUUGUGGAACAGACGGACGACAUCCUAAGCGCAUGUAGCCACCCAAAUAUUAGCAAGGUGCUGUUCUCGGCCACCCUGCCCUCCAGUGUCGAAGAGCUUGCACAGUCGAUCAUGACCGACCCCGUCAGAGUAAUCAUUGGCCACAAGGAGGCCGCUAAUACGAACAUUGAACAGAAAUUAGUAUUCUGCGGAAACGAAGAAGGUAAGUUGGUUGCCAUCAGGCAGCUAAUACAGGAAGGGAUGUUCCGCCCUCCCGUAAUAAUCUUUUUGGAAUCCAUCACCAGAGCCAAAGCAUUAUUCCAUGAGCUAUUGUACGAUAAACUAAAUGUUGAUGUUAUCCACGCUGAGCGUACCCAAGUUCAAAGGGAGAAGAUCAUCGAACGAUUCAAGAGCGGUGAUCUAUGGUGCCUCAUCUGUACCGAUGUUCUGGCACGUGGUAUAGAUUUCAAGGGCAUCAAUCUUGUUAUCAACUAUGACGUUCCUCGCUCAGCACAGGCUUACGUCCACAGGAUCGGCCGUACAGGCAGAGGCGGACGGAAAGGUACAGCAGUGACUUUCUUUACAAAGCAGGACGCAAUUGCUGUGAAACCGAUUGUCAACGUCAUGAAGCAGAGUGGGUGCGAGGUCGCCGCUUGGAUGGAGAAUAUCGCGAAGAUGACCAAGAGGGAAAAGGAGAUGAUUAAGAAGGGCAAGGCAUUCGUGGACAGGAAGCAGAUCAGCACGGUUCCAAAGAUACUGAAGCAGAAGAAACGACAGCAAAAAGAAAUGAUAGAGGCAUCUAAGAAGCGCAAACUGGCCCAGCAAGCCGGCGACGCCAGCGAGGAAGAGCAUGCAUAA